CCCCCGGGUAUUUUCAUGUCAUGUCUUCCUUCACUUCCAACCUCCAUAGAUCCAGUUCAGAGCGUGAGCAUGGCAGACACAGAAGCCUCCGGUACUGUCGUCCAUCCUUCCCGUUCCCGCCGUCGACGCUCCUCCAUCUUACACGGUGCAACCGUAGCUAUCCUCUUCUUUGUCAUCAUAUUUGCCUACCUUUAUCUUUAUCUGUAUCUUUAUCUUGUGCUUCAUCGCUCCGUUAGGUAUGGUAUUGCAUCGCUAGCCAUUGAGAUAGUAGCCUACCUUGCCGUCGCCUGCCUGUACAUCUGCAACUCGGUUCGGCAGGAGAAGCUCAUCUCCGCUGGCUUUCUUCUACUUCUCCUGCUCGUCUUCCUCCUCUCAUCUAUUGGAGUUCGCACCUCCAGGUUUCGCAUCGACUUCGUUUUCGGGGCCAAUAUUGUGGCUGUAUCCUCCUACUGCGUCUGGAAGUUUAACUAUACUUCUUCGAUGAGCAAAGUGAGAAGAACCAUCUCACAUGUUGCAAUCGUAACUAUCCUAUUAUCUGUGGUCAUAUUUGACUAUGUUUGUCGUUUCUACCCUAUAAGCUAUUAUCCAGAUUCGUAUUCUCUUCCUGAUUACUACAGAGACGGUGCAAUACGGCUACUCAUUCAGUUGGUAGCCUACGCCGCCAUCGGCUGCCUAUACAUCUGCAACUCCUCCACUAGGAAGAUGAAAGUCGUCUCUGCUGCUUUUCUUGUGCUUGUUCUGGCUGUCUCCCUUCUCUCCUCGAUUAACAACGACAAUGAUCGUUUCGGAUACAUCUUCGUGGCAAAUAUCGUGACUAUAUCCUUGUAUUGCAUCUGGAAGCAUUACCUUGCGAUACUGGUGACACUGGCUUGGCUCCAACGAUGGCUUUCUGAAGAAGAAGAAGCAGCAGCUGCCGCCAUGGCCCCAAGCAAACGACUGGCACGGGGAGAGGAUGAAGAAGCAGGGCUUCUCAAACCCUUGGACCUUGACCUAGUGGAAUCCGGCCCACGGCAGUUCUCUUACAGUGAGCUCGCCGCCGCCACCAAGAACUUCUCUGACGACCGGAGACUCGGCAGCGGAGGCUUUGGAUCCGUGUACCGCGGGAUCUUGACAACCGACGGCAGGAACCGCUGCGUGGCCGUCAAGCGGGUGUCCAAGACCGCGCGGCAAGGCUGGAAGGAGUUCGUCUCCGAGGUGGUGAUCAUCAGCCGGCUGCGGCACCGCAACCUGGUGCAGCUAAUCGGCUGGUGCCAGGGCAGCGGCAACAAGCUCCUCCUCGUCUACGAGCUGAUGCCCAACGGCAGCCUCGACGACCACCUCCACAGGCCGGACAGCGUGCUGAUGUGGCCGGUCAGGUACGGCAUCGCGCUCGGCGUCGGCGCCGCGCUGCUGUACCUGCACGACGACGCCGAGCAGCGCGUGGUGCACCGAGACGUGAAGCCCAGCAACGUGAUGCUGGACGCGUCGUUCAACGCCAAGCUCGGCGACUUCGGCCUAGCGCGCCUCAUCGACGACGGCCGCCGCUCGCACACCACGGGCGUCGCCGGCACGUUCGGGUACAUGGACCCGGAGUCCAUGCUCGCCGGGAAGGCCAGCGUCGAGUCGGACGUGUACAGCUUCGGCGUCUUCCUCCUAGAGAUCACGUGUGGGCGUCGGCCGGCGGUGCUCGUGAGAGAGGAGGACUACGUCCACCUGGUGCAGUGGGUCUGGGACUCGUACGGUGGCGGAAGCAUCCUCGACGCGGCCGACCCGUGGCUCGGCAACAACUUCAACAGCCAGGAGAUGGCGUGCGCGAUGCUCGUCGGCCUCUGGUGCGCGCACCCAGACCGCAGCCUGCGUCCCACGAUCCGGCAGGCCGUCAAUGUGCUGCGGUUCGAGGCGCCGCCGCCGAGACUGCCCGCCAAGAUGCCGGUUGCGACGUUUGGGCCACCGGCGGCUCAUGCUUCCGGCUCAACAACGUCGUCUGCAGAAGCACUGAUGACCUGGGGCAGUAGCCUGCCAACCAUGGCAAUGGCAGCGUCAUCACUCGACAUCGAGCAUUCCAGCACGAAAACAUCUUGAUGUAAUGGCAAGCAACACAUUGUGGAUUUUUAUGUCCGAAUUAUUUUUAUUUUUAUGGGCCGGGGGAUGGUUCAUC